AUGUGCAUUGACUACAGGAAGCUAAACUCAGCCACAAGGAAAGACCACUUCCCACUUCCUUUCAUUGACCAGAUGCUGGAAAGACUAGCCAACCACCCCUACUACUGUUUUCUCGAUGGCUACUCCGGGUUCUUUCAGAUACCCAUUCAUCCAGAGGACCAAGAGAAGACAACAUUCACCUGUCCAUACGGUACUUUUGCCUACAGGAGAAUGCCCUUCGGAUUGUGCAAUGCUCCUGCCACUUUCCAGAGAUGCAUGAUGUCGAUCUUUACUGAUCUUAUUGAGGACAUUAUGGAGGUUUUUAUGGACGAUUUCUCAGUCUACGGUUCUUCAUUUACCGACUGCCUUGCUAAUCUGUGCAAGGUGCUGGAAAGAUGUGAGGAGAAGAACUUGGUGCUAAAUUGGGAGAAAUGCCAUUUCAUGGUGAAAGAUGGCAUUGUUUUGGGUUUUUACAGGAGGUUUAUCAAAGACUUCUCUAUGAUAGCGAGGCCACUCACCCGUCUGCUGUGCAAAGAAGCGAAGUUUGUUUUUGAUGCUGACUGCCUCGCUGCGUUUCAGAUUCUCAAGAAGUCUCUAGUCAGUGCUCCCAUUGUGCAGCCACCAGAUUGGGACUUGCCAUUUGAAAUAAUGUGUGACGCAAGUGAUUACGCGAUUGGAGCUGUUUUGGGGCAGAGAAAAGACAAGAAACUCCAUGUGAUCUAUUAUGCCAGCCGAACGCUUGAUGAUGCUCAAAUCAAGUAUGCUACCACUGAGAAGGAGUUGCUGGCAGUAGUUUAUGCUUUCGAGAAGUUCAGGUCCUAUUUGGUGGGCUCGAAAGUAAUUGUGCACACAGAUCAUGCAGCCUUGAAGUACCUGAUGACGAAAAAAGAUGCUAAACCGAGACUCUUAAGGUGGAUCUUACUGCUACAGGAGUUUGAUAUUGAGAUCAGAGACAAGAGAGGAGCAGAAAAUGGAGUGGCAGAUCAUCUUUCGCGAAUGAGAGUGGAAGCUGAAACACCACUGGAUGAUACAUUACCCGAGGAGAAUGUCUAUGUGAUCACCUUGCUGGAGGAUGAGUAUUUGGAUCAGGCUGAUUGCUGUGUCAUGAGACAAAUUCAGGAUGAUCUACCAUGGUUUGCAGACUUUGCAAACUACCUAUGUGCUGGAAUUGAACCACCGAACCUGAAGGGGUAUGAGAGGAAAAAGGUAUGGGGAAUUGAUUUUAUGGGCCCUUUCCCAUCUUCUUAUGGAAAUGAGUACAUCCUGGUUGCGGUUGAUUAUGUCUCCAAGUGGGUGGAAGCAGUAGCCAGCAAGACAAAUGACUCUAGUGUUGUCAAGAAAAUGUUCAAGACAGUCAUUUUUCCAAGAUUCGGGAUCCCGAGAGUGGUUAUUAGUGAUGGAGGCUCUCACUUCAUCAACAAGACGUUCGAUAAACUGCUGAAGAAACAUGGAGUAAAGCAUAAGGUAGCUACACCUUAUCAUCCUCAGACAAGUGGGCAGGUUGAAAUAUCGAACCGAGAAAUCAAGGGGAUUUUGGAGAAGGCUGUAGGCAAAACAAGGAAAGACUGGGCUGUGAAGCUUGAUGACGCCUUAUGGGCGUAUAGAACCGCCUACAAGACUCCCUUGGGCACCACUCCUUUUAAUCUGGUCUAUGGAAAGUCUUGUCACCUACCUGUGGAAUUGGAGUACAGUGGUUUUUGGGCAACGAAGUUGAUGAACUUCGACAUUAAAACCGCUGCAGAAAGGAGGAUGGUUCAGUUGAACGAGCUGGACGAGAUUCGGUUGAACGCCUAUGAGAACACCAAAAUCUACAAGGAAAGAAAUAAGGCGUGGCAUGACAGAAAGAUAAUCCCGAGAGACUUCGCUGCUGGAGACAAAGUCCUUCUGUUCAACUCUAGACUCAAGCUAUUUCCUGGAAAGCUUAAGUCUCGUUGGUCCGGACCUUUCACCAUCACAGAGGUUAGACCUUAUGGAGCUGUUGUCUUGGAAGAGAAUGGGAGGAAGUUCACAGUCAAUGGCCAGAGGCUAAAACCUUACUUCACAGAUGCAAAACCCGAAGAAGGAACCAACAUUCCUUUAUCGGAACCUGAUCUCGCCUAAGGACAACAAAAUAGUCAGGCUCGCGACUUUAAACAAGCGCUGAGUGGGAGGCAACCCACAUGGUUUGAUUUUCUUUCUCUUUUGUGAUUAUGUUUUCUUGUGUGAAUUGAUUUUUGGUUGUGUUUUUAGAUGAUUUUCAGGCAUGUAUCACGAUCAGGCAGAGAUCGAUCGAUCCAACAGAAACAGAACGGGCGAUCCAUGUAAGAGAUCGGUCGAUCCGGGUGAGGUAGAGCGGUCGAUUUCAGGAGAAGAUCGGUCGAUCCGACUCGUAUGGAUCGGUCGAUCUAAGGUAAGUAUUGCCCGGUUUGAUUUCACUUAAUUUAAACCGGAAAACACCCAUAAAACACCCAACUCGCGAAAAUAUCGAUCAAAACACAUAAUAUUUCAUCUUCCUCUCCUCUCAAACUCUCUCAAACCUCUCAAGAACACCAAAUUCGAUUUCCAUCAUCUCUCAUCCGAUUUUUGUAAUUCUUGGUGCUAAACUCAUUAGUUUUUCAAGCUCUAUUCGUUUCUACCAUCAGUUUUCAUCAAGACACAGGUAUGACUCUCUAAUUUUGGAAUCUAAAAUCGCCCUAGGGUUUGAUGUUGGGGAAUCUCCGAAUUCUAAAUGGAAUGGCAUCUAGGAUGGUUUAUUUGUGAUGAUUAUACUCAUGGGUUACCUUGAUUGCCAAUUUCGUGGGUUGAAUUGAGAUUUUAGAGAAAUAAUUUCCAAUGGUCAUAAUGUUGAUAAAAGUUCAAAUUAAAACUGAAAUUCUAAUUGUUUGAAUGAAAUACUUGAAUAUCCAUGAUGAUUAACACUUUGCAGCAUGAUUUCUUUAAGAAUUUAUGAAUUUGGAACUGAAAAAUAAAAAUUUUAAUUUUGGAGUUUAAUUGAAAAACGAAAAUUGGAAUGGAGUGUGAUGUGUUAUCUUGAGUUUUGAGAAGAGAUGUGUGCUAAAUAUUUACAUGUUUAGGGGAUU